AUGAAUUUCAGGUCAACACUCACACCCACACCCUCAUCAGAAUCCUUACUUGAAUUAUCUGAUAUAGCUCAAGAACAAUUACGUGCAUUAGAAAAACUUAAUUUUACAAAUAUUCAUACAAAAUGUCAACAAGAACUUGAAUCAUGGCAUUCAGCAGCUAUUGGACAUUUAGGUCAAAUAUAUUCACAACGUUUAACUGAUUUAGCUCAAGUUUAUACUCAAGAUGUUUGUCCAGAUGCUGAAAAAUAUAAACAAAAAGUGACUGAACAACUUAAACAUCGUAUUAUGCCUCGAAUAAAUAAAAUUCUGGAUGAUCCAACACCUGAUCCAGAAAAAGUCGAAAAAAUGCAGAAUGUCUUAUGUCAUAUGAAAUCUGAAUGUAAUAUGAUGCGUGAUCGUCAAUGGAUUCGUAUUCAAUUACCUGAUAUAAAAAGUUUAUCGAUUCCAAUCAAAAUUAUUAAAACAGCUGUAUCAAGUCAUUUAAGUGAACAUGGAAAAGAAUUAUUUGAAGGUUUAAGUGAUGAUGAAAAUAAAACGGAAGAUGAAUCACCUGCUUAA